AUGGAUCUUCAAGGCACUCCCAUCCCUCCUGGUCCCCGCAGCACCAAGGUGACCACCGACCCUCUUGCGUCUCAACAGCCUAUCGAAGAGCCUUCAGGCCCAGUUGCCAAUGACUCUUUAGCUGCCGAGUCAGUCCGUCACGGCGGUGCUUUCAGCCAGAACCGUCAAGCCCAACCACAAGAUUUCUCAUCCUCCCAACUCAAGAACCCUGGUUCUGCCUCCCAAACCCUCUCUUCUGCUCCAAUCGGUGGUCUCCGUGGAGACCGCCACGCUCAGGAGAAGUACCCCGAAGCACUUGGAGGUCAAGGUGACUUCCCCGGUACCCAUCUUCGCACCAGCGGCUAUGCUGGUGGCUCUACAGCUGCUAAGCAGGAGCUAGGCAUUAACGCUGGUACCCAGGCCACUCCUAGUGGUAGCAGUGCAUACAAUGCUGGCCAGGCUCCCUCUUAUGUCGCAGAUGUCACCGACGGUUACCAGGGUACCAAGCCCGAUGGUCGAAACAUCCGUGAAGGUGGUUUCGCCUCCAAGGGCGCCGAUAAUGUCGGCUUCGGUGCUGAGAUUGGUUCUGAUCAAGACCCUUCUCGUGAAGCUAUCAAUAAGUUCCAGCGUACUAAUGCUGAGAGUGGCCUCGAUGCUGGCGUUCCUCGUCAGAAGACGGUGAACACACAGACUCCUUUUGAUGCACUGCAGCAUAACCAGCGUGCCUAA